UACCGAUUUGACUCACCUAUUAGUAUCAAAAUGAACGCGAAGACUCUAUCAACCGUGUUAUUCCUUUUAUUCACGAGUCUAUCGUGUCAUGGUAAAAAGAUUGUAAAGGUUCAAACGCCCUUAGGUCGUAUAAGUGGUUAUCGUAUAAUUAAUCUGUAUGGAAAAGAAUACGAUGUAUUUAUGGGUAUUCCCUACGCGCAACCACCCGUCGGAAAGCUACGAUUCGAACCACCUCAACCGAUAGAAAAAUGGGAAUACGAGCUACAAGCGACGAAAGGGGGAUAUUCUUGCGUGCAAUACGAUUCCACGUUGCGUAUACCAGAGAAAGUCUCUGGUUGCGAGGAUUGUUUGUAUUUGAAUGUCUACGUACCAGUUAAGAAUAACAGCAAAACCCAGUUGCCAGUGUUGAUUUGGAUUCAUGGAGGACGUUUUCAAUCGGGUAAAGGAGACCUCGAAGACGUGGAUAGUUUCUUAAAUUUUGACGUAAUAUUGGUAACGUUGAAUUAUCGAUUAGGGCUGUUCGGUUUCCUUAGCACGGGAGACAGCGUUGUACCAGGUAACAUGGGACUGAAAGAUCAAAACAUGGCUAUGCGUUGGGUCUAUAAAAAUAUCAGAAGCUUUGGUGGGAACCCUAAGAACAUAACUCUUAUUGGUUUUAGUUCGGGUGGUAUCAGCAUACAUUAUCAUUAUUUAUCGGCCCUUAGCGCUGGUCUUUUCCAAAGAGGUAUAUCGGCAAGUGGCGUGGUACUCAGCCCUACAUCAUUAACAAAAAAUGCUCCUGCGAAAGCUAAGGAGUUGGGAGCUUCCUUGGGAUGUCCGACAAGCAAUUCAACUCAAAUGAUCAGUUGUCUACGACAAGUAUCAUCGCGAAGAUUAUCCGAAGCUACGGACAACUUUAUGGUGUGGCUAACCGCACCAAUCGUUCCGUUCGGACCCGUCGUCGAGAUACCUGGACCUAACGCGUUUAUAUCUCGUCCUCCGAUCGACAUUAUCAACAGUGGCAAGGCCUACGAUGUUCCUUGGAUGACUAGCGUUGUCAGUGAAGAGGGGUUGUUUGCCGUUUCAAUGUUUUUCAAUGACGACAAACUGCUGGAGCAAUUGGACGAGAAUUGGACAAAUAUUUCCCCAUUCUUGUUAGAUUUUAAUGACACUAUACCGCUUUCUCAACAGCGGUCGGUGGCUCAAAAAAUUCGCAGAUAUUUUUUGGGAUCAAACAAAAUUGAUAACACCGAUUCGAGCUUGAGACCGUUGAUAUCUAUGAUUUCUGACCGAAUUUUUGUUCUGGGUUUUGAAAAAGCUGCUCGACUGCAAGCGAAAAGGAACAAAAGUCCGGUGUGGACUCUGUACUACAAUUACAGGGCCAACCAUAGUAUGAGUGAAUAUUAUAGUGGCGGUUCCACUAGAAAUAUGGGCGUUUGCCACGGUGAUGAUUUUCUCCUUUGGUCUAGCACAGUGAAAUCAGACGAUAAUAAAAUGCGGAAAAUAUUAUAUGAUAUUUAUUUAUCAUUCGCUAUUCAUGGUAAACCACGCAUUACUGGCGUUAAGUGGCAGCCACUUGAUCCCAAUAAAAAGAAAUUUCAAUAUCUCCGUAUAUCUGGCCUGAGAAACAUAAGUAUGGACACUCGUAGCAAUGUUGGACACAAAAACUUUUGGAAAACAAUUAAUUUCGAUGAAAAUAAAAUUUCCCCCACAACUUAAUACUCCGUUACUAAAAUUUUUAUCAUCUCAACAUUUUCAAUUAUAAGAAUGUCUAACAUGUCUGUACAUAUGUUGAAUAAAUAUAAUUUGAUAAGAAAUUAA